AUGGAGUCGGGGUCGCAGUCGUCGCGGCCUCAGUCGCGAGCCCAGUCGCAGUCGCGUGCCCAGUCGCAAUCCCAACCGUGCCCGUCUGAGCAGCAACAGCAACAACAGCAACAACAGCAGCAACAGCAACAACAGCAAGAGCAGUCACGACUGGGCCGACCGUCGACGGUGCGCCGCAACCCCAGCUCGCGAAGCGUCCCGGCGCGACGCUUCUCGCGGCGGCCGACGUCGGCGACGCUCGCGAGCCGCGUCAGCAUCUCGACGGACCCGUUCCCGCCGCCGCCCGUCCCCGACCGCUCGCGCAAGGGCAUCCUGCUGCGCAACUGGGACCGCGUACUCGACUGGGUCGAGAUGGGGCUGCUUGUCGCGGGCGGCGCGCUCUUUGUCGCCGCCCUCAUACCCUCCAGCGGCCGCACCCAGUACUUCGACCACGACGCCGGCAGCGACCCGAUUGCGCUCCUUCUCUAUGCCAUGCCGCUCGGCGUCCUGACAUUCCUGACGAUGGGCUUCCAAGAGUUCGUCAACGUGGGCGAGAGCGACCCGAUAGCAGACAAGGUGGCCGGACGGCGCAACCGCAUGGAUAAGCCGCAGCUCAAGCAGGUGCUGGCGCUGCGCGGCUUUAUGCUGGCCUACGCGGCCGCGUGCCCGCUGCUGCUGAUACUCGGCCCCUACGGCUUGACGAGCAAGGCCCCCGGCUACACCCACUACACGGCCGAGGCCGUCGUCCUGGCUCUUGUUGCGCUCGUCAUCAUCCUGCUGCUGUUCAUGAUUGCCGACGGCGUCGGCCGCCUGCGCUCGACUGUGCGCGACGAGCGGCGGAGGGACAUCGAGAGCCAGGCUGGGGCCGGUCGUUGA